AUGGCUUCCAAUGCAGCAGCGGGAUUGCUCGUCCUCUUGGUGGCGCUCAUCGCUUCGAUCGCCAAUGCUGAUGGUGGUCGCAAGCUAAUGAAGAGCCAGGUGGAGCAGUACUACGACACUCCAUCCCCGGUUUAUCCCUCGCCAUCCCCGGUUUAUCAAAGCCCCAGUCCGGUAUACAAGUCUCCUCCAUCCCCAGUUUAUUCAUCGCCUUCUCCAGUCUACAGUCCACCACCAUCUCCAGUUUAUUCUUCUCCUUCUCCAGUCUACAGCCCGCCACCAUCUCCAGUUUAUUCCUCACCAUCUCCAGUUUAUCACAGUCCCCCUCCUGUUUAUUCCUCGCCAUCUCCAGUUUAUCACAGCCCCCCACCAUCUCCAGUUUAUUCAUCGCCAUCCCCGGUUUACAAGCCCUCUCCAUCUCCAUCCCCGGUUUACAAGCCAUCUCCAUCUCCAUCCCCAGUUUACAAGCCAUCUCCAUCUCCAGUUUAUCACAGCCCUCCUCCGGUCUACUCCUCGCCAUCCCCGGUUUAUAAGCCAUCGCCUUCCCCAGUUUACCACAGUCCACCUCCAGUCUAUUCCUCUCCAUCACCCGUGUAUCACAGCCCACCUCCGGUUUACUCGUCUCCAUCGCCUGUGUAUCACAGCCCACCUCCGGUUUACACUUCUCCAUCUCCGGUUUAUCACAGCCCAUCUCCAGUUUACGCUUCUCCAUCUCCUGUAUAUCACAGUCCCUCUCCAGUGUAUCAAUCACCAUCGCCAGUAUACUCCUCGCCAUCUCCAGUUUACAAGUCGCCACCAUCCCCAGUAUAUUCUUCUCCAUCCCCGGUUUACAGGUCGCCACCCUCGCCUGUAUAUUCAUCUCCAUCCCCAGUUUACAGGUCGCCACCUUCUCCGGUGUACUCGUCUCCGGCGCCAGUUUACAGAUCGCCACCAUCGCCGGUAUAUUCGUCCCCGUCUCCGGUCUAUUCGCCGCCACCAUCGCCAGUUUAUUCACCACCACCAUCGCCGGUAUACUCAUCGCCAUCGCCAGUCUACAAAUCGUCACCGCCUCCGGUGUACUCGUCACCGUCGCCAGUGUACAAGCCCCCGACGCCGCCGCCGGUUUAUUCGUCUCCAUCGCCGGUUUAUUCUUCGCCACCUCCCUACUGAAGGAUGCUUAGAAUGUAAAGUUUCCAUUC